AUGCAUCACUCUCAGGCAUUGCAGCUGGAGAGAGGUUUGGAAGAUGGCCAAAGAAACUAUUCUGUAGAUGCAGGUUUUCUUUUGCCUAGCGUUGUGAGCAUUAGGGCUCUUGGGCUACUAAAGCAGAAGGGCACAGAAUGGAGCUCUGCUUUGAGACUGAAGUGUGGUGUACAAGAGGAUCCACAACACAUGCAAGAGUGUCACAUGAGUCAGAACUUAAAUAGUGAGUCAGACCCCAUCCAGACCUACCGUAUAACAGCAGCACAUGAACUCUACUGUUCACACUUUUUAAACCUAAACCACAAGAUUCAGCUCAGACAUGAACGGAGUCCAAUCCAUGUCCUUUCCUCACUUGAUAUAAGUUAUGGGAAGCAAUGGAACCAGAGCAGUAACAAACACAGGAUCCUCUUAAACCAGUCGCUUAGAAACCAGUCUGGACCGGACCUCACCAGUUAUGCUGUUGAGCUCAGCUUGCGUCUUCUAGACAGGGGACUGAAUUUCAGAACACAACUUCUACACUCUCAUUUUAAGAGACCGAAAUCUGAGAGCAGCACCCAUCUUAAAAUCAAUUACAACAAUCAAAUGCCUCUGGUAGCGGGACUGCACUGGAAGAAUUUGUCAGCAAAGGUCUCACUUCAAAACUGGGAAGGUUCAUUCAACAUGGACACACCCUGGCUCUAUGUGUUCGCAACCCAAAAACUGACUCAGCCCCAGCGUGGCAUCUCCCAUUUCAAAUCUGAGAUCAACAUCCGGAAACUGGUGAACAUCCCAACUGUUACACUGGACGGCUUCUAUAAGGAUAGGGGUAAAGAGAGGCAGGGCCAGCUGCACCUUUUCACUCCCACUCUCAGCUUUAUCAAGCUUGGUGGCUGGUGUUUGCUUGGCAAGCGUGGGGUUAAGGGUUCAUACUCAAUCGGCACAGCUUGGACACCAAUCCUACACGGAGAGAUCUCUCUAGGCAAUGGCAAGCAUGAUAAGACUCUGGAAAUGAGUGGAGGUUGUGGCGAGCAAGACUUUAACAUUUCUGCAGUUCUUAGUAUACUUGAUAAGAAACUGAAGAAGAGAGUUUUAAUGACGACAAUGACCCUGUCGGAUCUUAAAACCCCUUAUGUGGAGUUUCAUAUGGAGGGUGCCAUAGAGGAGAUGAGAAAGGAUAGGAGGAUUUAUCAGAAACGAUGGAGGCUCCACUUCAGACAACCAUUCAAGUUUAUUCCUCAGAGUUUAGUGCUCCAGGAGACAUUUACAAUUUAUCUGUCUCAGAAAAUGUACACUUUAGAAUCAAAGGUUCUUGUCGAUGGAAACAAAAAGGCCAUUCAUGUGCUUUCUCUGGGUUACCAGCCUCAGCAUCCAUAUGUGUGCUCCUAUUUAGUUCAAUCUUUCAGCACUGACAUAAUCCCUCAAGAUUCGAAAAUCUGUGUCACUGUCCAAAACAACCAGACUGUGCGUGAAAUGAUGUGCCAGUUGUGGACUGGAAAGGAGGAAGUGCUUUCCGUUCUUGGUCAGGUUCAUCUCAACAUAGCUUCAGCAUCUCAGCAAUGUAUUACAAUUAAAGCCAACCUCUCACAGCUACUACAGCAAAAUUACCCUACCUCUGUGAGCCUGGAUAUGAAGGCUCAUAGGAGCCACAAGAAGACCAGCAAGUUUGAGUAUCAGUCUGAUGUGAAAGCAACCAUUGAUAACAAGGAUUAUCAUGCACAUGCAGCAAUGACAGUGUCAUCUACGGGAAAUUUCAGCAGUACUAUAAGCUUGAAUGAAGAUGAAAAAAAUGCUACACUCUUCUUUACUCUAGAAAACAGUGUGCCAGAUGGGGUUAAUGCAAUGAAUAUACAUGCUGGAUUUCAUCAGACUUUAUUUCCUGAGGUUACUUCUGAUAGUCGUAUUCAUUUAGCUGCAAACUCUUCUUCUAAAAGUGUACAGUAG